AUGAUAUUAUAAAACUGUACAGGAUAUGUUAAAGCAGGUCAAUCAUUAGCUAUUAUGGGACCAUCAGGAGCUGGAAAAACAACUUUAUUAAGCCUAAUUACAAAAAGAUUAGAAAAAAGCAAUGAUAAAAUUGAUGUUUAGGGAUAAGUAUUCAUAAAUGAAUAUAAAUAUAAUUCUUAAGAAUUUAGUAAUGUUGCUGCUUUUAUUCUUUAAGAUGACAUAUUAAUGGAGACUUUAACUGUAAAAGAAACGAUUACAUUUGCAGCUAGAUUAAAAUUAAAUUUAUGCUAAAAGUAAAUAAAAGAAAAAGUAGAAUAAAUCAUAAAAUGUUUGAAAUUAGAAAAUUGCUAAAAUAAUAUAAUAGGAGGUUUUUUAUUAAAAGGAAUAAGUGGAGGAGAAAGGAAAAGAACAAAUAUCGGAGUAGAACUUGUUACUGAUCCUUAAUUAAUAAUCUUAGAUGAACCUACAUCAGGCUUAGAUAGUUUUACCUCAUUUUUAUUAAUAAAAUUAUUAAAUGAUAUGUGUCAAUAAAAUCAUAAAACAAUAAUAUUUACAAUUCAUUAGCCUAGUAGUGAAAUAUUUAAUUCAUUAGACAGACUUAUACUUUUAAGGAAUGGAUAAACUGUAUAUUAAGGAAAGGCUUAAGACAUAGUCCCAUAUAUUAAAAAAUAGGGAAUUCAUUAUCCUUAACAUUGUAAUCCUUCCGACUUUUUUAUGGAAUUUUUAGUUAAUAAAUAAAAAUAAAAGAAUAUCAAAUAAGACAUUUUUACAUAUUAAAAUUACUAAAAUUAAAUCGAAUAGUAAAUAUUAAACGAAGUAGAAUUCAAAGGAAAUUAUAACAAAAUAAAUUUUAAAUAAAUAUCUAAAAAUUCCUUUUUUUACGAAACUAGUAUAAUAGCUUAAAGAUCUUAUUAAAAUUUUAUUAGGUGUCCUUAAUUAUUUAAAAUAAAGACUAUUUUAUUAAUUUUUAAUUCAUUAUUAAUAAGUACUAUUUUCUGGAAAGCUGCUUAAAAAGAUUACUAAAGUGUAAACGAAUAGAAAAUUUGGUAAUAAUAAACUAUGGGAUGUAUAUAUGUUUUUGGGGUUUAAACAUUUUGUAAUAUUAUUUCCACUAUAGCAAUAAUAUUCCCUAAAGAAAGGUCAGUAUUUCUAAAAGAGGAAAAUUCAAAUUUUUAUAGAGUAUCAUCAUAUUUCGUAGGAAAAUUAUUAGUUGAAUUACCUUAUGUGAUUAUAUAUCCUAUAUUUUCAACUGUAAUUAUGUUUUUUGCAGUCGGAUUUGAAAAUAAAGCAUUUAAUACUUUUUUAUUAAUUUUUAUUCUAAUGAGUGUGAUUGGAAAUGGAAUAGGUCUAGCUGGAGGAGCUGCAUUUAAAAAUCCUUAAAUAGUUUCAAUUUUAUUACCAACAUUAUUAAUGCCUUUUUAAUUAUUUGGAGGUUUUUAUUCAGAUUAAAGUAGAAAUUCAAAAUAUACAAGUUGGAUAUAAUAUAUAAGUCCUUUUUAUUAUAUGACUGUUGCCACAACUAAUGCUGAAUUUGGUGAUAUUUAUAUUUACGAUGAUAUAUAAAGAAAAAUUAUUGAUAAUUAUGAUUAUCCUAUAACUUAAAACGAAAGUUUAAUUAUUUUAUUAAUAGGUUGUAUUAUUUUCCAUAUAGCUGCUUUUAUAUUUCUUAAAUUAGAAUAUAUUAUUUUAAUUUUUGGAUAAAACAUGUAAAAAGAGCAUUAAAGUAUGCAAGAAAACAAUAAUGAAUUCGAAUGGAUACCGUGUAGUUCUUAAAUUAAAUAAUAAAACCCAACUAGUACUAUAUUAUGGAGUUUCAAGCCAACUUUGUCCUUAACUGAUCCAUAAAUUUUUUAAGAUUAAAAUGGCGAAAGUUUAAAUGUUCCUAAAAAUGUAUAUGCCUUUAUAUUCGCAGUAACUGCCGAAACUAAAGAUUUAUCGAAUUUCCAUUUAAUCGAUAUAGGAUUAUUAGGAUAAACAAAAAUCUUAUUAGAAGAUGGAUUAGCUACUUUUAGUGCUUUGAAAUUUUCUUCUACAUCAUAUAAUAAUUAAGGAAGUAAAUUUAAUUUAGUAUUAGCUGUAGGGAUAUAAAAUGAACAUGAUCUUCAUCCUAAAAUAAUUUCGGCAAAAAUAUCUUCGGCUGUAUUUGUAGAUUCAAGAAAGUCUGCUAGAGAUAAAUAAUCUUCAAAAUAAAGUGAAAAAAACAAAACAUUUUAUGAUUUUUUUGAUCCAUGUUAAUUUACUAAAAAGUUAACUAAAAUUAAAGUCGAAGAUAAGCUUUAGUCUUGUGAGGAAAUAUCAAAUGAUAUUUAAGGAUUUAUUAAUUAUUUUACAGCUGCUAAUAUAAGAAAUAAAAAUAUGGCUAAUAAAUAAAAAAUGAUGAAAGUUAAAUAAUCAAAAAACCUUAAAAAGAAUAAAUUAUUGCCUUAUUUAUUGAUUUUGGAAAGUUUAAUAAUUUAAAUACUAAAAAUAAAAAAAUAUACAAAAGAAGAAUGA